AUGUUCUCGCGCAUGAAGGAGGGAAUUAUACGACGCUUUACUUCUGCGGCUCCGGAGCGGAAAGAUGCGACUUCCCGUCGUCAAAUGCCUAUUAAGGGGCUGCAGCCCCCUAGCUCGUCCGUAAACGGGUGCGAGAGCACGGUGGAUGUCGUGACGAAGAAAUCGCGGGCGCUGCCUGAAGAAUCGUUGCAUGACGAGACUGCCCUGCGUAAGGUGCUUGCGGAGGAUCCUGUGGACCUCGAUGAGCUAUGUAGCAUAUGCAGGAGUGGCUGUCCGGCCGCAUUUCGCCGUGAUGUUUGGGGAUACUUGACCGGAAACCUGCAACCUUUUUCCUCAAGCCGAGCCACUGUUCUCGCUCGCAAACGACAGGAGUAUGUGGGGUAUGUGCAGUCAAGUUACAGUUCGAUAGAUUGGGAUGCCGCCCUGCGGGCGGGGGAGGGAGGAGGGACGGCGUGUGCCAAUGCGACCUUCGCGGAAGCAAAAGAGGGUGACGACAGCCCUCCUGUCGGUGCCGGGGCUCCGAGUCAUGUUCGCCAGAGACAGGCCGUGGUAGGGUCGCAGUACGGUGUCACCAGUGAAUCAGAGCUGCUGAUGCUUAAACAGAUUCGCAAAGACGUGCCCCGCAUGGCUGCCGGUGUAGCGUACCUGCAGCAUCCAAGAGUCAUGCUCUCCAUUGAACGGAUUUUGUACAUUUGGGCGCUACGUCAUCCCGCCUGCGGUUACGUGCAGGGAAUAAAUGACCUUUUAAUCCCCUUCAUUAGCGUCAUCUUGGCAAGUCAGUUUUGCCCCUCCAAGACAGUGGCGGAGCUGCACUCGCUGACAGAGACGGACUUGAACGUGUUGUUUUCCACCGACGCCGUCAGUGAAGAGGAGUGGAUGUACACCACUGAAGCCGACACCUAUUGGAUGGCGUCCCACCUCCUGAGUGCGGUGCAGGAAAACUACACGUACAACCAGAAGGGUAUUUAUAGCAUGGUGCGCAAGCUGGAGGCGGUGACGCGGGCAGUAGAUGCAAAGCUUCACAAGCAUUUACGUGAGGAAUUGCGAAUUAAUUUUAACCAAUUCGCGUUUCGCUGGAUGAACUGCCUGCUCCUUCGAGAGCUCAACGCCACUCAAUCCCUGCGGCUCUGGGAUACGUACCUCGCCGACGUGGAAAAGGAUUGGAGCACUACUCACGUCUAUGUAUGCGCUGCGCUCUUGGUGUGGUGGUCUCCUGCACUCUGCAAAGAGGCGGACUACGGUGUCGUGAUGAAAUUUCUGCAGAACCUACCCACGGAGGAGCUUAGCACGCAUGAUCUCAACGCACUCAUAUCACAGGGAGUUAUGAUGCAAAAGUUGUACAAUGACACCCUGCGGCACCUCGCGUAG